AUGGAGGUCGGCGGCGACCUGGAGUCCCUCCUAGAGGCGAUCAAAUCCUCUGAGGUGCUGGAAGAUAGAAUUGGCCUUAUCAACCGAGUUGAGAGUUCCUUUGUGUAUUCUGCAGAUGAUCUGAGUCCAAUACUUGACAGUCUUAUUGUAUCUUGGGAUGAUUCUGGAUGUUCAGGUCUAUCGCACUGCAUGCUACACAAGUCAAUUUUGCAGGUUGCUCUGAAAUGCUCAUGUACAGAUACAGCUGCUUGUCUGGGGCACUUUCUUGCUCUUGGUGCAAAGGCGAGCUCAUGGUGUGGAAAGCAUCUCCUAUCGUCCGUCGAAUCUUUUGAUGAUUCUGAAGAGGUCCAACAGGAAGAACACUCCAGAAUACUCCCAGAGAUAAUUUCAAUGGCCCUAAAUAUCUCAAUCAAGAUCCUCCCUUCUGCGACAAAAUUUGUUACUGUAGAUAUGGUGCAUAAUAUUGGUGAUUUUAUCUCAGAGUUGCUAAGUCUUAUGGAAAGCUCAAUAGUUGACAACGACAAGAAAAUUCAUGGAGCUGCUCCGGACAUCGCUAAGGCUGCACCUGUUUUUCUAGAUGAAAUAACUAAGCUGUGUCGGGCAUACUCUGAGGCCGCAAAAGUAGACAACUGCACAAUGAGUAUAACCGAUGAAGAUGCUACUGUGAAACACAACCACCAGGGUCUUGCUAGUGAUGUCACCAGGAUUACAUCAUCCACUAUUCAGACCAUGUAUAGAUUGGGAACCUAUGCAGCAUCCAGUGGUGGAAGCCAGGUGACUUUGCUGAAUGCAUCAUGGAAGGGUGUAGUCUCCUUACUGCAGAGCGGUAAAGGGAUGAUUGAAGGAAAAGUAAAUGUCAGAGAAAUCAUUGUAACCCUUCUAUCUCUGUCCGUAGAAUCUCUAAGAGUUGCUGCUGAAACAUGGUGCACGCCGUUACUAGAAACCCUUGGUGCCACUGAAGCCAGAAGGGCAUUCCUACCAAUCAAGUUUUUCUUAAUAAAUGCUGUAAGGAUUUGUUCAACAUAUCCAUCUGAAGCAAUGACUAUAUACAAAAACAUAAUAAAUUGUGCACUGGUGAUCACAUCCUCAAGCAUUUUAUUUAGCAAGAAGCCACAGUUGAAAGCAGCAAAUGAGGCACUUGUUGAAUUGCUGGAGCCUACUUUAUUUGUUUUACUAGAUACACUUAUGAAGUCAUCUGACUUAACACCAGAAUCCAAAUGCCAGCUUGCACAUUAUUUUUUUGAAAAUGAAGAGGCUAAGAGUCCAGAUCACAUGGGACAGGCUAAUCAGAGAGAGAUAAAUUUGGCCUCAUUGGAUUGCAUUUUCUCUACGAAUUCAGAUGUUGAUCAUAGAAAUAGAGCACUUUUACCUGCUGAGUUGCUUGUGUUUUUGCAUUUUCUCAAUGCUUCCCCAUGGUUGACAGAAGUGGUUGUCAUUGCAUUAUCUAAAAAGCUGCAGACUCUUCUUAAUAUCUUGACAUCAGAAGACAUCUACUCCUAUGUCCUUGGCUUCCAAAUCCCUAUCUUCAAUGGCACAGACCAUUCUCCAGCAGUUGUUUGGCAGCCUGUGUAUACUUCUAUCAUACAAGCAUUGAAGACUUUUAUGAUUUCUACUGUUGCUUCAAGUGCUGCUUGGAAUGAGUUGGAGGCUUUCUUACUUGAAAACAUUUUCCAUCACCAUUUCCUUUGCUUGGAAAUUAUUACAGAGCUAUGGUGUUUCUACAUGCGUCAUGCUGAAACUGAGACUUCAGUUAAUUUAAUUAAUCAAGUCUUCCUUCUAUUAAAGACUGUCACAUCAUCAGAGGAUGUUUUUGCACCUCUCAGUGCUUUGCGGAAAGUUGCACGUUCAUUGUGCAUCAUCUUGAGCUAUGCAUCUUCUGCAACUGUUGAUCAAAUAUAUACUAGUGUGCUGAAUGGUGAAAACUCUUCCAAGUCUUCAAUCUUACACUUGGCAUUGCUGAUGGAAGGAUUUCCUUUGGAUUCAUUGUCUGAUGGUACAAAGGAACUUGCUGUGAAGAAAAUGUUUACCUCUUUUGCUGGCUAUCUGGAGAGCUACUCCAAGAAUCAUCGAGUAAUCAAUGUGCCAACUUCUAGCUUGGGUGUGAUAGGACUUCCUGUACAUGCUCUAGCCUCUACAUUGCAGCAUUGCGUAAGAAAGGAUGAUAGUAUUGUAGAUGAGAAGAGCAUCACUGCUAUGUUUAAGUUCACCAUCUCUCUCAUAAAGAUGUAUAGAACUGCACCAGAUAGCAGUAAGGAUAACCUUGCCAAGCACAUUAGUUCUAUGUUGGUUAUUAUCUCAAACACGAGGCAUCUUUGCGCAUUCAGUGAGAUGGAGCAGUUGACUCUGCAGUUGCGCACUCUGUUCUUGUCCACUUCUGAUAAAUCAAAUGCAGUGCUGUCUCAGUGCAAACCGUCGAUGGCUUCCUUUAUGUCAACUCUCGGUCACUUGAACGUUACCGAAGAUGAUGCUAACGAACUUUAUUCUGCAAUAUGUGAUCUGUAUCAUCUCCUGCUGAAGGAACGGCACUGGGCACUCAUUCACCUUGCAAUGGAUUCCUUUGGAUACUUCGCCGCCCGCACAUCCUUUACACAGCUCUGGAGAUCUGUUCCUGGAGAUGCCGCCCUUUCGUACAAUGCAAGCACAGGGACUAGCAUAGAUGAAAACGGAUUCAUGCUGGAGUUGAGAGCUUAUCUUCAGAAAGAGGUCGCCUUGCACACCGAUAAAUGGUCUGAAGAGCAAAUUCGGCUCCUGGUUUCAGAGGGUAGAGUGCUGAAGAAGCUGGUUGAAGCUUAUUGUGAAAUUCCAGUCGUCUCUGAGCCUGAGAAUGCCAGCACGAAGAAGAGGAAGAUGCCAGAUGGGAUCUGUGAAGGGAUGGCGAUGCUGCAGAACGGUCUCAAGGUCAUGCGAGGCGCCUUUGAUGAAGCGGACUUUGCUGAGCUGAGGGAUAGGUUUGCUGCACACUUGUCUCGCCUUGAGGAUGCAGUUUCCCAAUUUGCUAGUUUAUCCGACGAAAUCUGA